UUUUUUAUAUAAGCUCAUCUCACACGACGAUCGACGAUUAGUUUUGGAUCGUCUGUUUAUUCAAAAACAAAAAACACUGAAAAAAUUACUCAAAAGACCAUACUCUUAAUUUCAAAAGUUCUACUGAACAGCGUACAAUCAUUAACAUUCCGAUUCUUAUAUUCAGUUCCUUUGUGAAAUAUUUCGUAUAAACGCAGCUUUAGCAAUUCACACAUCAACAACCAUAUGAGCAAGCAACAUUUUCACUUGAUAAAUUAGUUUUAUUUAUUUUUUAUUGUUUUCGUUAGUAAUCAUCUGAUUUGGAAGUUAUAGCUCAGCCAUCAUGGAUAGAUCUUUAGCAAACUACGAACUAACCGAAAGUACCGUCAGAUUGGCAACUGAUUCAGAAAAUGGCUCAGGAUCAGAUAAGAGCGGUGAGUUGGAAAUAGUAGGAUAUGCAGAUGUCGAAGUUACUAGAUACAGUACACGCGAUUUUGAUAACAAUCUACCGGAAACGGUGACCCUACUGAAACAUCCUACAAAUGGUGCCAAAGUCUACCUUGUCGGAACUGCACACUUUAGCAAAGAAUCGCAAGAAGAUGUAAUAAAAGUUAUCAAGCUUGUUCAGCCUCAUAUUGUGGUGCUAGAAUUAUGUACCUCAAGAACGAACAUGUUAUGUUUAGAUGAAGAAACUAUCCUAGAAGAGGCAAAAAACAUUGAUAUGCACAAGAUAAUAUCUUCUAUCAAGUCUAGUGGCUUAUAUAAUGGUUUGAUGUAUAUUUUGUUGUUACAAAUGACUGCCCAUAUCACCAAGGAAAUUGGUAUGGCACCUGGAGGAGAAUUUAGAGUUGCAGCAAAAGAAGCUUCAAAAAUACCAAACUGCAAGUUGCAUUUAGGAGAUAGGCCAAUAAAUAUAACAAUUCUUAGGGCUGUAUCAAGACUGACCUGGUUCCAAACAUUGAAGUUAACCUGGCAACUACUAGCUCUCAAGGAACCUAUAAGUGUUGAAGAUAUAGAGAAAUGUAAAAAUCGUGAUAUGAUAGAGCAGCUAAUGGCAGAGCUAUCUGGUGACUUUCCAGGAUUUAGGGAGGUUUUCUUAGAUGAAAGGGAUAUAAUUCUAACUAAUUCUCUCCAAGCUGCUGCACAAUCUCAAGUGAGAUAUAGUAACCAAGAGGGUGUCACAGAAGUUUUAACUGAACCCUUGAGAAUAGUAGGAGUUGUAGGAAUGGGUCAUGUACAAGGCAUCACUAAAUUAUGGCCACAUGACCAAAGUCGUUACGUUAAAGACAUGAUGACUAUCCCACCACCAACACUCACGUCAAAAAUAGUGAAAUAUACUUUCAAAACUUCAUUGUUGGUACUUGGAGGUUAUUUGGUUUAUAGGUUUGUUCCAAUCCCAAAAUCUAUUAGCGGUUACAUGAAAAUGGCAGUCCAAAAAUAUUGAUUAUCUGCAGUGCCAUAUUCUUAUUUUUUAGGUUUGUUCCAAUCCCAAAAUCUAUUAGCGGUUACAUGAAAAUGGCAGUCCAAAAUGUUUUAACCACUGUUAAGACUGAAUCAGCUGUGAGAUACAUCAACUAGAAACGAAAUUAGAUUGUGUAGCAUAUAUUUUUAUUAUCGAGGAAUUGUAUAUUGUAUAUGUAUAUUUAAGUUCAAUUUAUUCUAGCAGUUUUAUGAAUCUUGUGAUAAUUGCCAGAAAUAUUUUUAUAUUUUAAUCACUAGUGUGAAAUGAAGUUUUUGAGCGAAAUGUAAUUUCAGCAGUGCCUAAUACAUGAAUAUUUUGUUUAUAGAUUUUUUAUAUACGAAUUUAAAAUCGUUGCUUUGUGAUGGUAUUACUUAUUGAAUUUAAAAUAAACUGAUAAAGCAUUCCACAAAA